AGCUAUAUAAAGAGAGUGAGCAGCUGCUGGCGUUCAGUCGGCGAGGAAGAAGAAGAAGAAGAAGAAGAGGAGGAGGAGGAGGAGGAGGAGGAGGACGCAGCAGCAGUCACUCAGUCUGUCAGUCAGUCAAUCGGUCAGUCAGUUCGUCAGGUUGUCCGAAAUGGACGAGUGGGGGCUGGUGUGCUGGGCGUCGGUGCUGGGGGCCGCCGCUUUGGCCUGGCGGCUGCUGCUGCUGAUAAUGACAUCGUCGCCGCGGGCGCCGCGUUUGCUGCCCGUCGGCGACAAAGUCGUGGUCAUCACAGUACGAGGCACGGACACAGUCUCUAUCUUCUGUCCUGAAUGUUGGAUUUGUGACAGCUCGGAAAGAGGCUGCGACUCAGGCUUCGGGAAGGCGACGGCCCGCCACCUGGACUCGCUGGGCUUCCGCGUCUUCGCCACGGUUCUGGACGCCGACGGCGAGGGCGCCCUCGAGCUGCGGCGGACGUGCUCGGAACGACUGGCGCUGCUGCAGCUGGACAUCACGCAGCCGGAGCAGGUGCGGCGGGCGCUGGCCCAGGUCGGGGCGCAGCUAGGACCCCGAGGUCUGUGGGCUGUGGUGAACAACGCGGGCGUGUGCGUGAACUUCGGCGACAUCGAGCUGUCUCAGAUGUCCAACUUCCGCGGCUGCAUGGAGGUCAACUUCUUCGGAACGCUGGACGUCACCAAAACCUUCCUGCCGCUGCUGCGACGCCACAAAGGGCGACUGGUCACCGUCUCCAGUCCGGCCGGCGACCAACCCUUCCCCUGCUUGGCGGCGUACGGCGCGUCCAAAGCUGCGCUCAACCUUUUCAUGGACACGCUGAGACAGGAGCUGGCGCCGUGGGGGGUGCACGUCUCCACCAUAUUACCUUCCUCCUACAAGACUGGUCGCUGCUCCGACGCGGCCUACUGGGAGGCGCGACACCGGGAGCUGCUGGCUUCUCUUCCUCCGGAGCUCCUGGACGACUUUGGCAUCGACUACGUGGGCGAGACCAAGGAGCUUUUCCAGUGCUUCGCCCGCCACGCCAACCCGGACCUCAGCCCAGUGGUGGACGCCAUGGAGCGGGCGCUGCUGGAGCCUAGGCCGCAGGCGCGCUAUUUCGCCGGGCCCGGCGUGGGCCUUAUGUACCUGGUCAGCGCUUACUUCCCGGCGCCCCUCCGCAACAGAUUCCUAGAAAGUCUCUUUGUCAAGAAGAGGUUGGCACCUCGGGCACUCAGGGAAGAAUCCGUCGGUGUCCGCCGCUGCCACGACGACAACAACAAUCGCGAAGCGAGCAAGGUCAAGUAGAGUCGAGGACAUUGAUGUCACGGCGCUAAUGACAUUGGCCGCCAGGGCUUAUCAACCAAAGAGCAGUGCGGGAACGAACCAUCGUGAGCAACACAAGUCCAAUGUGAAAUAAGAUGCAAUUUCUGGGGAUGCUUUGCUCUGUCUCCGCUUUUCCCCCAGUGUAUGUCAUCACUACUUCCUUUUCAUAUCAAAAUUCAGUCCUACAAGUUUGAUAAUGUUUCCUUUUCUAUGAUUUUAUUUACUUUCAACGCAAACAUAUUUUGCCCUUUGACCCACCGAGCGACCCUAAAUUCAAUCACCUCCUCCAUUUCAUAUGACAAUCAUAUCCUGCAAGUUGGAUCCCUGUAGUUGUUCUUGAACUCAUUUUGCUGACCUCUGACUCCCAAAUUGAAUCAUCUUCCAUCUCAUAUUAUAAACAUCCUGUCAACUGGAUAGCUGACAAGAAUGAAAAUGUUUUUACUGCGUGUCGAAUGCGCCAUUGCAAAUGAACGGGGCCGUUGAAACUAAAAGGCAAAGUUUGCAUUUGUCAAAUUUUGGGCGGAAUUGUCCAUUAUUGCCAAAACCUAACAUUUGUCCAACUAAGGUUUACGAAUGUUUUUUGUGUGAAUAAUGUGAAUUGUACUAAAAAUGUAGGAUCGGACCUUUUUGAAAUAUGAAAUGAUUCAUAAGGAUGAAUAUUUUUGCCAUUGGAAAUGAAUGAGGCUUUUUUUUCUUUCCUGGUCAAAAACUCAUGUUUUUGUGUAUCCGUGAACGUUUGGGCCAAAAUUGAAGAAGAGACUAUGCCACGUGAAUUUUUGGGAUGUUUCGAAGUCGCAAUGCUGCGAAAUGAUCAAAGCGUGUGAGCGGCGUGGAACGCCGAAAAAACAGAUAGUAACUUUUCAUAUCUUGUGUGCUUUGCAAAGCAUCCCCACAACUACGUGAAAGCAUUUACUCCACAACCUUGAUGCCUAUGUACUUAGUUCACUCUUUGACGUCACUAAAAUGAAAAUUCCACACGCAAGUAAAAGCACAGUCUUAUAUAAAUACCACUCUCGCUGCACUGUCUUAUUAUUCAGGACAAUGAGCAUACCGAACUAUUGCUUAAGUAGCUUCCACAAAUUAUUUUCUGCCUCAAAAAAAAAAAAAACGAAAAAAAAAAACUCGUUUAUACAGCUUCAAGAAGUGCUUGUUCCAGAACUUGUUUCUACAGGUUUUUGUUUUGCUGGUACUUUAAGCAAGGGUGAAAGUGGUCCGGAACGCUGUUCUGCUAUAAGAUCUGGGGAGGUAUACGGUACUUUGAUCCCGAAAAUAUAACGGCAACUGUCAAAACCCUAUGUAAAAAAAAAAAAAAAAAACUGCCAGGCUGCCACACACGCGU